CCCCCAUACCUUGCUUAUAUGCUUCGAGGAGCCGCUGCUGUACCGCCCCAUAGAUAGGAUCUGGGCAGGACAAAGCACAGCCUGUUCCACUCCGCUGUGAUUACCUCAUGCCCGUGAUUUCGUGAUUUAUUUCUUCACCAAGAUGUACUCCUACCACCGCGUGCUGGCACUUUUCGGACGGUCCGUCAAGGACAAGACGCUGGAGUGCGACUGUGACAUUCAUCCGUGGGAAAUCCAGAUCAACGGAAAGCAAUGGUCCGGCAAGAUCCGUCUGGUGGGAUUUGUCGACGUGUUCUUCUUAUUCGCGUACUCGGCCAACGCCUCGUUCGAGAAGGGGAUUAUCGUGUACAAGGAUCGAUUUGACCUCAAAUCCCUGGUCGCCAGGAUGGACGAAUCACACCACAGGCCUCCGCCCCCUACCGCCGACCAGGAGGAAGUGCCCGUUGACUCGGUCGAGAACAAACGUUCAGAUCAUCUACCAGAUGCGACGAAUCAGCCAUCGGAUGACCAGUCUCCCUCCGCAGCAUCCGAGGGAGAAGCACCAACGCAGGGUUCCAACCCCCGUCUCACCUUCAAGAACGAGAGCCGAUACGAAGUCGAUAGUUGGGGCCACGAGAUUGAGCUGCAAUACGAGUACCUCACGAAGGAUAUCCAGAAGUAUUGUAUCACGAUCAACAAGCCCUACCACCGUGCUUUGCGGAGAGCGAUCAAACGCGGGAUCAAAGAGCACACCACGACCGAGCUGCUGGAAGACCUGGUCCGGUGCGGUUUCAUCACCCAAGGGGAGCUGGUGGGCAAGGCAUUUUCCAAGUACAUCGCGGGCGGGGUGAUGGAGGAUACCAUGAGCAAGUACUUUUCUGGGAUGACGGGGGGAGACCACCGGCCUGGGAAAGUGGACCUGUCGAAUGGUCCUGGGCUUUAGAGUCGCCGAAGGAUAUCAGGAGGACAGACUUUCUUGUUUGUCGUCACCCCGUGUUUGAUAUUGCCCUGCAUUACUCACGGACCGGUGGAAUAUACGGUCCAAACCUGGUAUAACUGAUUUCCGUCAUUCGUCCCAUCCAUCUGGGUAGAAGACUAUCUCUUCCUUUCAUGACAUGGUUUGCGUAUUCGACAAUCUUCAG